AUGGGUCAGCCAGCAUUAUUCAGUUGCACAACUAUGAGCAGUACUCCUGUCCUCUCUGCCACCAGCUGUCCUGCAAACCCUAUGUGCAAGUGGCCAGCUCCUAGAAUUUUUGGCUCCAAUAAAUGGACCACUGAGCAACAGCAAAGAUUCUAUGAAAUUUGUAGCAAUCUGGUAAAAACUCGACGCAGAGCUGUGGGCUGGUGGAAACGCCUCUUUACACUAAAGGAAGAAAAGCCUAAAAUGUACUUCAUGACCAUGAUCGUUUCUCUUGCUGCAGUUGCUUGGGUGGGACAGCAAGUCCACAACCUGCUGCUCACCUACCUGAUAGUGACUUUCUUACUGUUGCUUCCUGGAUUAAACCAGCAUGGAAUCAUUUUGAAGUACAUUGGAAUGGCCAGAAGGGAGAUAAAUAAGCUUCUCAAACAAAAAGAAAAGAAAAAUGAAUAA